UCAGCAUCCGUUUCAGAAUCACAACGGAUGCCGCAGGCAUGCAGCCAGGAUGGAGAGUGAGAUAAAUGUAACUUUUACGGUUUAGCGAAUGGCUGACGAGCUGAGAGCAAUGCUGCGAAGCUUGAGUGUGCCAACUGCCUUUGGUUUGUUUGAGAUUUAGACACGCAGAGGGGAAAGUGAUGAUGCAGCAUGCAUGAGAAGGGAUGUGAAUGGGAUCUGUUACAUAACUUGGUCAGUUUUCCAAGAUUUCAGCGAGAGUUUGAUCAAGACCUUCCAAAGUACAGUAGACUUUAUGAGCGAGGCUGCAAAACACUGCUGGUUUUAUGAAUUAUUUAAAAGCUGCCUCGAAUAUUAGUAAAUUAGCUGAAUUACUCCAGCAAUCAGAAAUGUCAACUCUCUCAGGAAAACAUCUGGAACUUGCACCAAUCGUGAAUUUUAUGACAUUGUAAUAGUUUGUCAGUUCAAAUAGAAACUGACGGUAAUGAUCAACGCAGCUGCAUUCCUACAAAAAGAACUGCUGUAAAAGAGAAAGAAAAAAGUUCAUGUAACUUGGCAGAGAAAGCGCGCGUGGCCACGCGGACCUGUGUGUGGAAGCAACACAAGGGGGUGUUACUUCUUGCGAAGCACAAUCCCUGCAACAAUUCCCAGUGACUUCAGAUCCAAGGAGGUGGUGAUAUUCAUGGGAGCACGGUUCAAACUCUCACUUGGAGCACAGCCUCAGCAGCCGCUCUCUUUGCGCCACUUCUGUUAGUCAUAAACUCAAACAGAUGGAGUGAUCUUUGCCUAAAAUAACUUUUUUCCUGCACUGGAAGAAGAAAGGGUGAUUUUUUUUUGUAUUUUCCCAGCCUUGGACAGUUUUAAGUGCUGAUUUGAGAACCUGAAGACAUGAGUCUCACCUGAGAAUAAUGAAAAGGUGUCCAGGUGUCUUUCACUGCUGGGAAAUGAUGGGACCGUUCUGAGUAUUUUAUGUGAACACGUCGCAUUUUUAACUUAGAUUUUUUAAUUUGCCAAUAUUUUACGCGCUAGUUUAAAAUGAAGCGAGCAGGAUUUGUUUUUGUGAUGGUUUUAUCCAUGGUGCUCUCGCGGCUCGGUCACUGUCACAAGGAGACAACAGGUGGGAGGAAGGAGGGCGCCGGGGCAGACCAGGUGGAAUGGUCUCAGGGAAUCAGUCAUGGUCAUUCCUCAGGAGGAUCACGGAGCGAUGCGUCCUCGGAAAAAUCCGGUGAAGCUUCUCCUGCGUCCAGCCAGUCCGGAGUUCGGGUCCGCAUUUCCAGAGGAGCAUCAGUCCAUGAGGAUGGCAGACACACAUCCAGAUCAGGUUCGGUUCAUGGUGCUGUUUCCUCUGGAGCAGAUCCUAUCUCUGCGCCCCAGGACGGCGCGCAACGCGCCGCCAGACACCCGGUGAGCCAGCAGCAGAGAGUGAACCGCAGGCAAAGCAGCAAACCCAGCUCUGCAGGCGCAAGGAGACUUGUUGGGCCUAAUGUCUGUGGAGGCCACCAGUGCUGCUCUGGUUGGGCGUUGGCACCGGGAACCAACCGCUGCAUAAAACCUGACUGCCAGCCCCCCUGCCAGAACCGUGGCUCCUGCAGCCGACCGCAUACCUGCGUGUGUCGCUCAGGGUUCCAGGGGCCUCGCUGCGAGGAGGUGACCCCAGAACAGGUGUACAUCCAUGAGCGAGGCACUCUGAGGCGAAUCGAGCCUGGCACAAAUCCUUUUCAAAAAGACCAACAACAGAGACGCCCCCCCAGUGACACAGCCAAGGUCCUGACCCCGCGACCCGCCACCUCCAAACCACCCAUCCAAACUCCGACCCAAGUGAGACGGGGGCCCCCUGAAUCAUCCCCUCAGCAGUCAGGGACCUCCCGUACAGUGAAACGUUAUCCAUCAUCCUCUAAGCCCAUAACGUCAAAUGCCCUGCCAAACAGCAAUGUCCACGCCAACGGCCAUGCCAGUGAACACAGGAACCGGCACGGAGACAGGAACAAGCAAGGCGAUGCCUUCAACGGCCACAGACCUACUAGCAACAGCCAGCUCAAUAACGUGUUACUUCCAGCAGGGGCCAACCUCACGUCCAGCCUGGACCGAAUCAAGAUCGUCUUCACACCUAUGUCGUGCCGCCGGGUGUGCAAUGGCGGGCACUGCUAUAACAGCUGUGAGAAGGGAGAUGUCACGACGGUGUACAGCGAGACCUCGCACCAUCAGCAGCAGCAGCAGCCAAAGAACCAAGGUUUCAGACUCUUCUUCUGUCAGAUUCCUUGUAUGAAUGGAGGUCGAUGCAUUGGCAGAAACCUGUGCUGGUGUCCAUCAAACUCAACAGGAAAGUUCUGCCACCUGCCGACGCCUCCUCCUGUUCAACCCACUCCUCACAGCCACAAGGAUGCAAGCCACCAGGGACGCAAAUCUCCAUCCCACUCUACGUACACGCUCCCGCUAUCUAACCAGCAAGUCUCCCUCCACCCAUCGUUGGUGAACGUCCACAUAAAGCACCCGCCAGAAGCAGAGGUUCAUAUUCACCAAGUAGCUCGUGUCCAACCUGGGCAGCGGCCAGCCACUACAGAGGGGGCUCACUCAGUCCAGCAGCGCUCCCAGCCAGGAAACGGACAUGAGCACACAGGACUCAGACACGAACAUACAGGAAAUGGACACCACUACAACAGUGAGCAUAACGGCAGACUCCCACACAGCUACGACCACCAGAACGGCUACGCUACAACUCCUUUUCGUCACAGCGGACAUGUUGGAAGAUGCUUUCAGGAAACAGUCGAUGGACAGUGUGGCAAACCUCUUCCAGGCCUCACCAAGCAGGAUGACUGCUGUGGAAGCGUUGGUGCCUCCUGGGGUCUAAAUAAGUGCCAAAAGUGUCCAACCAAACCAGCAUAUGCAGUGAUUGCAAAUGGACAAGUGGAAUGUCCCAAAGGUUUUAAAAAAAUGAAUGUCACUCACUGUCAAGACAUCAAUGAGUGCCUGUUGCCUGGGAUAUGUAAGAAUGCUGAAUGCCUCAACACCAAAGGAAGCUACAGGUGCACAUGUAAGCCAGGUUACAUGUUGGAUGCUGCCAGAAGCCACUGUGUCUCGGACAAAGCAGUGUCUGACCACAGGUCUGCAUGCUACCGCUCAGUUUCAGCAGGAAGGUGCUCUCUGCCUCUUGCAUACCACAUCACCAAGCAGAUCUGCUGCUGCAGCCGGGUGGGAAAGGCCUGGGGAGACGGGUGUGAUCGCUGUCCUCUGCCAGGUUCAGACCACUUCAAGGAGAUCUGCCCAGCUGGUCAUGGAUACACUUACUCGCGCUCGGACGUGCAGAUUUCUCUCAGACAGCUGGAGGAUGAUGAGCUGCAGAGCACGGGCGUGGCUCUAGAUGAGCACUAUGAGUUCCCAUCCUCUCAGCCCACGAGACACCAUCAAACACCACAUAUGCCCCAAUAUCCCGAGACACCACAAGCUCCCCGGUACCCUCUGACUCCACGGCAUCCUCCUCAUUCAGGGAGAGAAACCUUUCAAGAUCCUGAAGAUGAGGAAAUCUUGGCCUCGCCAGCUGUUGUGACUGACUCACCACUGAAAUAUCCAGAAACUUCUCCAGAUUCCCCAAGCAUCAAUCUGAGGCCAGAUUCAAAGGAAACAACUCCAAGAGUUUCCGUCAUCGGUACUAACACCUGUGCCACAUCGCCGGGUAUAUGUGGUCGUGGAAAGUGUGUUCCCGUGCAGACCGGUUACACUUGUAACUGCGAGCCUGGAUUUAAGCUCAACGCCCUGCAGACCAACUGCAUUGAUGUGAAUGAAUGUGAACUGGACCCAUGUGAAGGCAAGGGCCGCUGCAUAAACAGCUAUGGCUCCUACACCUGUCAGUGCCACAGCGGCUACAGCCAGGUGAUCACUCAGAACAGGAAGUUCUGUCAAGACAUUAAUGAGUGCAGUAUGCCCAACAAGUGCCUGAAUGGUAAAUGCGUCAACACUGAAGGAUCCUACGCCUGCGAGUGCAACAGUGGCUAUGCCAAGUCAUGGAGAGGCCUGUGCGAAGCAGACGUAGAUGAGUGCAGAGAUCCCAGCUCUUGUCCCAACGGUAUCUGCGUCAACACUGUUGGCUCCUUCCAGUGCCAGGCCUGCGGCCCGGGAUUAAAACCCAUCAAUGAAAGAUGUGUAGAUGUAAACGAGUGCCUGAAUCAAACCGUGUGUGGUCAUGGUAGGUGUGUCAACAUGGAGGGAUCCUAUAGAUGCAACUGUUUCCACGGCUACAAACUCUCGCCAGACAAUGUUUGCCAAGAUGUGGAUGAAUGUUUGCUUCCGGGAGUUUGUCUCCACGGCCGCUGUGUUAAUCUUGAAGGCACCCACAGAUGCACGUGUUACCAUGGUUACCAACUCACCUCAGACAGCAAAUCUUGUGAAGAUGUCAACGAGUGCACAACGGGCACCGCCUGCCCUGCGGGAAUUUGUAUCAACACUGCAGGUUCCUACACCUGCCAGACCUGCAAGCCUGGGUUUGGACCAUCUGCUGAUGGACUGCGAUGUGAAGAUGUUGAUGAGUGUCAGGGUGGCUUGUGCUUUGGAGGUGUGUGUGCCAACACAGAGGGAUCCUUCACUUGCACCCAAUGUAAAGCUGGCUUCAGGUUGUCUGAGGACCGGCGGACAUGUGAGGAUAUUGAUGAGUGCCGGUCCUUGUCUACCUGUGCCAACGGGAUCUGUCUAAACUCUGAAGGGUCUUACACCUGUGAAAAUUGCCCUACUGGGUACAAAGUGUCGUUUGAUGGAGAACUUUGUCAAGAUGUCGACGAGUGUUCUCUUCCCAGCACAUGCCCUCGGGGUACAUGCACAAACACAGAAGGUUCAUACACAUGUGUUGUCUGUCACCCUGGAUUCAGGGUUUCUGAAGAUGGACUGCAUUGUGAGGAUGUGAACGAGUGCUCGGUGGCUAACUUGUGUCUGGGCCAGCUGUGUUUGAACACCCCAGGAUCUUACUCCUGCAGGAGCUGUGGGUCAGGCUUUGACCUUUCUGAGGAUGGUCUCACCUGUGAAGAUAUCAAUGAGUGCCAGGCUCCAGGUGUUUGUGCUGCAGGUGUUUGUGUCAACACAGAAGGCUCCUAUUCCUGCAUGGCUUGUGACCCAGGGUUUACAGUGGCACCCAACGGCCUCUCGUGUGAAGAUGUGAAUGAAUGCGAGGACACCCGCCUGUGUCAGGGAGGCCAGUGUACCAACACCAUUGGCUCCUUUAGCUGCUUGUGCCCAUCUGGAUCCGAGCUAGUGGAUGGGACCUCAUGCAGGGACAUCAACGAGUGUUUAACCAUCGCGGGAAUCUGUGGAGAAGGCAGUUGUCUGAACACCAAGGGUUCCUACUCCUGCUUAUGUCCUGAUGGCUUCACCGCCAUCGAUGGAAAGCCCGGCUGCCGAGAUGUGAAUGAAUGCAGCGGAGACGACGUGUGCAUUCGUGGAGAAUGUCUAAACACCGAAGGCUCCUUCUUGUGCUUGUGUGAGGCUGGCUUCAAGUUCAGCAUUGAUACAGCUGACUGUGAAGACCAGGAUGAGUGCAAAGACUUUGGAAGCUCUGGGUGUGGAUCCUGGCGUUGCGAGAACACCAUUGGCUCAUACCGAUGCUUCAUGCAAUGUCAGCCUGGUAGUUUGGAGGAAGGAUGUGAUAUCGACGAAUGCAACAAUGAAACCCUCUGUGGAAGCCACGGCUUCUGCGAGAACACAGACGGCUCCUUCCGCUGCCAGUGUGACCGGGGAUACACCAACCCGCCAGAGGAUGUGACCAGAUGUGUGGACAUAAACGAGUGUGAGAUGAGCUCGGCGCUGUGUGGGGAGGCCCUGUGUGAGAACUUCGAUGGAAGCUUCCUGUGCAUCUGCCCCAACGACAAUGAGGAAUUUGAUCCCAUCACCAGCCAGUGCCGCUCCAUGGCUGAAACUGGCACUAAACCCGAGCUUGGACCCACUUUAAUGGCUGGCGAGAGGAAGGAGUGCUACUUUAACUUGAAUGAUGCAAACUUCUGCAACAACGUCUUGUCUCGCAACAUCACCAAGCAGGAGUGCUGCUGUACAGCUGGGGCAGGCUGGGGGGACAACUGUGAGAUUCACCCCUGUCCCCUCCCAGGAAGAGAUGAUUACAACCAGUUGUGUCCUCAUGGCAGCGGAUUGUUAACGCUUCCUGUUUCCACUGGACAGAGUCAUGACUAUAAAGAUGCAAAUGAAUGUGAGAUGUUUGGAUCUGAGAUCUGUAAGAAUGGACAGUGUUCAAAUUUCUUCUCUGGGUACUUUUGCUUCUGUCACUCUGGCUUUUACUACGACAAGAUUCGGCUUGAGUGUGUGGAUUACAAUGAGUGUGAAUUUAGAAAUCCCUGUGAGCACGGAGCGUGUGUGAACACAGUCGGAUCUUUCAACUGUUUCUGCAGUCCUCCGCUGGUGCUGGACAGCUCACGACAGCGCUGCGUUAGCCUCAACACCACAGAAGAUCCAGAUCACGAUGUGCACGUGGAUAUUUGCUGGCGCCGACUUGAGGGGGACAACAUGUGUGCGGAUCCGGUCCAGGAGCGCAGAACCACUUACACUGAAUGCUGCUGUCUGUCUGGCGUCGCCUGGAGUGGACAGUGUGCAUUCUGCCCCAGGAAAGACUCUGCUGACUACGCAGCCAUGUGCAACCUGCCUCGAACAGACGGGACAGACAGUCUCCGGGAGCGGAUUGGGUACGAGUACGGACCAGAAGAUCCAUCAGAGUCGUUCCUUCCACCAUACUGGGAUAACUAUGGUGGCCCUGCAGGGACAUAUGAUGUUCCUGAGAGUGUUCCUUUGUUUACGGAUAGCGACUACAACGUUCAGCAGCCUCCCUUUCGUGUCCCCAUCUCACAGCCAGUGGUGCCUCCAGCACCUCAGCCAGUGGAUCCCUACGCUGAGCGCUACGAUAGCUUUGAGGGUCUCCAAGCGGAGGAAUGUGGGAUCUUAAAUGGAUGUGAAAACGGACGCUGUGUUCGUGUGCGAGAAGGAUACACGUGUGACUGCUUUGACGGUUACGAACUUGACCUGGACAAGAUGGCCUGCAUAGACAUAAACGAGUGUGAGGACAUCAACGACAAGAUCCCGUUGUGUCAGAACGGCCAGUGCAUGAACACAGAGGGAUCCUACAAGUGCACCUGUUUGCCAGGUUUUGUGGCCUCUGCUAAGCCGCACAAAUGCAUCCCAGCAAUCCCUGAUUCCAAAUUCAGGAAGACCGAAAACUGAGACGGAGACUGUUAAGGGGCUAACUUUUCCUGCCCCCUUUAAAGAUCACCCUAUGAUCUUUUUUUUUUUUUUUUAACCGAAGGGUUUCGCACUAAACCUCCAAUGGUUACACUGUUCGUCCAAGCUUUUACUUAACAUGCACACACACACACACACACACACACACACACACACACACACACGAAGCUAAACACUGCACACACACAGUCUCAAAUCCCAUCACACACAUUCAGGAGGAACUUUUUUUAAUGAAUGUAUAACAUGGGAUACAGGUUUCACCAGACAUCCAUUUGCCUUAAAGGGAUUUUAUGGACUGAUCGUGUAUAAUCAGUGACCCCUGGCAAAUUGAUAUGCUUAUACAGUUUCCACAUUAUUUUCUCUUGUCAAUUUGUUGUGUGUUAUUUAUUUCACUGGCAUGACGGGCCUCUGUAAAUUAAGAAAGCAACAGAUUUCAGAGGGUGGACUUGAUUGCAUUUGUUUUACUUGCCACCACUACAGAGACCCUGUGAGGAGAUUUUAAAUGUUUUGAUUAUUUUCUGAAGCACGAAUUUCACCAGAAGCAGUUGUCACACUGGGUCAAUAAAUACCGAAAUGUAUCCCAAGGCUGCCUCUCUUCAAGAUUUAAGAUGAUGCUGAAGAAUUUCUGGACCAAGCAACAGGAAGAAACAAACUGAGCUUUCGCAUUAAAAGCUUCUGCACUGCACAGACUUAAAGACUGUAGAUAUGUAUGACGAUCUGUGCAUUGCUCUGAAAAUGGUGCAAUAGCUAGUUGUUUUAAGCCUUUUUCACACAUUAAAAUACUAACAUCGGUUUGUCUCUUUAAGAUAAAAUUGAACUAUUUUAUAAACUCCAGUUUACAUUUUCUAACCUAAUUUCCAAAAGUAAAAAGGACAUAAAUAUGUCCAGAGAAAUUAGGCCUCUCUCAUUUGUGCAUCCCUGUGCAUUUGAGGCCUCGUCAGACAAGUGUGAUAUCUUUUGUACAGUUUUAGUACCUUCUGUUGUUUUUGUCACAUAUUCUUUUAAUGCAUAUAGCACAACAAAUUACUCAUAUUUGACAAUGCCUUAAAUGUAAGACAAAAAAUCCAGCAUUUUAGCAUUGUAGAUUUAUGUAUGUCUGUAAAAAUAUUUUUAAAGCCUCUAUUUUUCUGUAUGAGAAGAGUGGCUGACACCGUACAAUAGGAAAUGUAUGUACCCUGCCCUGUGGAGCAGACAAUGAAUUAUAAUUUUUUUUGCAAGUGGUAGCACUGUUCUACAAAAACAAACACUUUUGAAUUUUUGUGCAUCACAUUACAGCAGAAAUGUCAGUAAGAGCAUAAUUUUUUUAAAAAUAUUUGGAUUUUUAUGUAAUUUAUGUAUCAUAAACAGUAUUAGCAGUUUUAUUUUGUAUCAUACCUACCUGUCUUUCAUAUUCAGCACAAAUAUCUGCAGUAUCUAAACUUUUGGGUGUAAUAGUUGAUCAUUUUUCAAAAACUGGCAUUUUCAGUCUAUGAUCCUACAGUUUUAUUUUAAUUCACAAAUGUGUUGAGCAAAUAAUUGCCAGAUGAUCCAGACCGGAAGUCUGGAGCUGAAGUAUUUAAAGCAUUUCAAGCAUUAAAAGGUUUUGGGACAAAUGUUAAGUUGAAAAGUUGUGUUCAAUGUUCUGCUUGUUACGUUUGCUUACCUCAAUCGGUAGUCAAAAUAAAGUAUGAAAAACAAA